AUGGUGGGAUCAAGCGCCUCAGAGGUGCUCUUUUUCUCUGUCAAUCACAGCAUCACUUUGAUGGGAAAGGUGUGGCUCAUUACGAUGAUCUUCCUCCGUGUCCUGAUCCUCCUCUUUGCCGGUUACCCUCUCUACCAGGACGAGCAGGAGAGAUUUGUGUGUAACACCAUCCAGCCUGGCUGCGCUAACGUCUGCUACGAUCUGUUUUCUCCUAUUUCGCUCUUCCGCUUCUGGCUGGUGCAGCUUGUCACCUUGUGUAUCCCUUACAUCAUCUUUGUCGUCUACGUGGUCCAUAAGGUCUCAGAAACCCUCACAAUGGACCUGAGCUCACAGAAACAAACCAAAGCCUUUCAGCUGCUUAAGAUCCACCAGGAGCAGUUCAACAAGAUGCCUCUCAUAGUAGAGCAGCGAGGGCGUGCCCGGUGCUUCACUGGAGCCUACAUCCUCCAUCUGAUGUUCAGGACACUGCUGGAAGCAGGCUUUGGAGCAGCUCACUACUAUCUGUUUGGUUUCUACAUCCCCAGGAGGUUUCUGUGCCAGCAUCCUCCCUGCACUACCCAGGUGGACUGCUACAUCUCCAGGCCCACUGAGAAGACCGUGAUGCUCAACGUUAUGCUCGGUGUGGCUGCUCUGUGCCUUUUCCUAAAUGUGCUGGAUUUUAUUUGUGCCAUCAAGCGCUCCGUGAGACAGAAGAGCAAGAGGAAGAUGAUGGUGGAGAAAAUAUUUGAAGAAGAGCAAUGUUUCCUUUCAGCAGGAGGAGUGUCCAAGGGGAACGACCAAGAGCGAGAAGCACAAACCAGUCAAGCGGGGCGGUUCCAGAAGAGGAGAGGCAGCAAGGGCUCUUGUGGAGGAGGGAUAUGCAAUUUAGGUCAGGAAUUACCCUCCACGGAGCGUUGCUCUCUCCCUCGUUCUCUAGGACCACUGGGCUGCACCACCAAUGGGAACAAUGCAGACUCAGUUUCCCAAGAGGAUGUUCCAGAAAGGACUGGCAGUGAGGUGGCUCUCUGCCCCCUGGAGCCCAUGGGAACACCCCGAUCCAUUCGUGUUAGCAAACGGGGCCGACUCAAACCUCCACCUCCACCCAGACGUGACCUUGGGUUGCCCUCUGUGGGGGCAUCGGCCCCAAUCGGGGAUAUUUCCACAGCAACAGCGAUCUGUACCAGGAAGGUGGGUCAGUAUACACUGGUUGAGCUGGGCAGCGGCACAGAGCUACAGACCAAUGAUGACGGGCAGGAGAAACGAUCAGAGUGGGUAUGA